UUGUUACUUAUAUUUCCAUUAAUAAUGUUUUUCACAAUAUUUGUGAUUAUAUUUUGCCAAGGGACACACCUCGGACAUUCAGUUUCAGAAAAGCAAUUUAUUUUUGUCGACAAAAAUAAAACUUGGUUUGAAGCAAUGGAGUUCUGUGCAGAGAAAGGGGGACAAUUAUCCCCCCUUGACGAUGAUAAUAUUGAAUCUUUGCUGCAAGGCUGUCUUAAAAAUGAUUCUCAAGCAUUUUGGACAAGUACCUACAGUCAUACAACUCCAUAUUUGUCUCCUAUUGGAUGCGUUGAGACAAUGGAAGAUAUGGAUUUCUUUGCUUUGAACAGUUCAUCGUUAGUAGAGUGCCAGUAUCACUGUAGGACUUUUCCUACAUUUGCGAUAGCGGACAAUAAAUGUGCAUGCCUACCAAAAAACGCCAAUUUCGUACUGGCAGAAAAUCAACAGCCUUGUAAUAUUAUUUGUGACGAACAUAUGUACUGUGGUGGAAAAGAUAAUGUAAAUAUAUACAGCGUGGCUCAGGGACUGUCUUCAGAAUCAAAUUCCAUGCUGAACCCAGUUAAUUCUUUGUGUGUUAGCUACCAGUGUAUUAACAAUAGCUACACCUUCACAGGAAGGAACUGUGAUGAUCCUAGCAUAAACGACGUAGCGUGCAAUGACUAUUAUUCAUGUACCUUUGAACCGGGUGACUCCUGCUUUUUAGUGCAAUACAAAAAUGACAACUUUAAAUGGACAGUGGAUGAGAAAACUGAAAGAAAUAGCCCUGCACAGGCAUACGAAGGAUCUUAUUUUGCCUAUAUUGAUGACACCUCUUACAGUAGAGGGAAUACAUCUCUUCUCGUCUCCAAUACACUUUUCCAAGCAAAGAAGUGGUGUCUACGGUUUUGGUACUUCAGCCACAGAGCAGAUCCCACCGCAUCCCUUAGUGUGAUUACUUACAAUAAUGUUACAAAAGAAGUGAAGUUUCAAGUCAAUAUCACCAGUUCAGAUUUUGAGGAAUGGAAAUAUACAGAACAAAAUAUCUGGAUAGAGAAUGAUUUCUUACUUAGUUUUCUAGCUAGAAGAGGCAGUCGAGGGUCGAUUUUUGCUAUUGAUGAUGUGACUAUGAUUGAAGGUACAUGUGAGAAAUCAACAACAAAACUCCUACAAAUGAAAGGGGGGAUAAAAUGCAACUUCGAAGGAGGAGUAGAUAUAUGCUUUGAUCAAGACACUACCGAUGACUUUGACUGGUCCAUUACAAGGGAAGGUACAACAGCCACGGCUGGCACAGGCCCAAGCUAUAAUAUCGAAGGAAACUACUUCAGCUAUAUUGAAGCCACUGGACCUAGAAGGAAUGACGUAGCACGUAUCAUAUCAAAGUUUGAUUUGGAAAACGUCAAUAUAACUCUCAGUAUGUGGUAUCAUAUGUAUGGACAUUCCAUCAGAACACUUAAGGUUUACCUGAGAAAUGAAAUCCAAGAUGAACGUAUCAUAUUUACACGAACUGGAAAUGAAGGGAAUGCAUGGAUCUUCAUAAACAGAACAUUAACAAUAGAAGGAAAGUGGCAGCUUUGCAUCGAAGCAAAUGUACCAACUAGUAAUGUAGCAGAUAUUGCUAUAGAUGACAUAAGAAUAAGAAUUAACCAAAACGCCUUGAAGAGAAAUCCUAAUGCUGUGAUGAUUUUAAGAUACAAAUAUGGCAUGCAUUCAUAUGUCUGGGAAACUUUCAACAAAAAUACAACUAAGGCAUUUGUUUGUGAAAAACGUGAGAAAUUAGCAAUGAAAGCACAAUAUGAACAACAGCAAAAUUCUUCAAUGAAAGAACAAGUGAAUAUAAUGUACAUGAAAUCAGACGAUAUUCUUAUGAUACAAAACAAAACUUCAAGGUACAUCAAUUCCAAAAAUCAAAUCACUCAACAACUCACGAACGAAAGCGAUAUUUUAGGAGGACUGGGCUUAAACGAAAUAUAUGUUAACCAGGAACAUGUAAUGUUUGGUCCACAACCACAGUCAACUACCAAUAUAAUUGAUAAAAUUGAAAUAUCGGAAGAUGUCUAUGACCAUCUCCACGAGGAAAACAAUAUUGUAACGUCAGUUCAAGAAGACACGUACAGCCACAUGACUGACAAUCAAUAUGGUACUCAUCAAAUUCUGUGUGAUGAUACGUAUGACCAUACAGGGGGAACUGAGGGUGAAUACGGAGCAGCUAAGAUUAAUCAGGAUAUAAACAAUACGUAUGAUCGUGCAGGAUUCAAUGUUACAGAUGACGUUUACAGUUUUCCAAAUAAAUGCACAUGUCAUAUUGAAACAGUGUAUAAUACUGCAGCAAAAACGACACAUGUUUCAGGAAAGGAAUACGUAUAUGUUGCAAAGAAUAUGAGCUUGACUGAAGCGAGAAACUUCUGUGAGGAAGAGUUUGGAGCACAUUUGUCUACUUUAGAUCAAACAAAUCUUAGAUCCUUUCUGCAAUCAUGUUUAAGUGAUGAUUUUCAAGAUUUGUGGACGAAUACGUUUAUUUCUUCUACGCCAUAUUUGACAAUUGUUGGAUGCUUUGACAUACCAGACAACAUGGAUUUUCUAAGUUUAAGCAGGCCUUCGGUAUACGAGUGCCAAUCUCUCUGCAGUAAUUAUUCUAGAUUUGCAAUAAAGAUGAACAAAUGCCUGUGCAUAGAAGGAAGUGAAAUAUUUGGCGAACAGAAAAGUGCAAGUUUAUGUAAUCUAUCCUGUGACGAAGAAACAUUUUGUGGAGGCUUUGAUAACUUGAAUAUAUACAAUGUCGUUCAAAGAGAAUCAGUCCAAGGGAUGUAUCCAUUACAAUUAGAGAGUACGUCUUGCUUAACCCAACGGUGCGUAAACAAUAGUUAUCUGUUCAGGGAAAGGAAUUGCCUUGAUGCCGAUGUCUCUGAAGUUUCUUGCGAUGGCUACUAUUCAUGUACGUUUGAGCCUGGGGAACCCUGCUUUUUGAUUCAGGACAAAGGAAACACCUUUGACUGGAUUGUGGAAACUAGUAUCAAAAGUACUCGCCCAGAAAAACCCUUUGAUGGAGCAUAUUUUGCAUACGUAGAAGACAGUGGAUAUAGCUUAAAUCAGGAGGCCCGCCUUAUUUCUUCCGUUUUUCCUCCAGGUUAUAAUUGGUGUUUACGUUUCCGAUACUACAUCAUCAGUGAUUAUUUCAUGCCAUUAAAGGUUGUUAUUUACAACGUUGUAAAAAGGUCUGUGGGUGAUCAAUUUACAUUACCUCAAACAGAAGAAGAAUGGAAAUAUAAAGAACAUGACAUUAGAAUGGAUGGAGAUUUUAUGAUUUUCUUUGAGACCAAAAAACAAGAUAUGAUGAAUUCCAAUAUCGCUAUAGAUGAUGUAACGAUGAUAGCGGGAAAUUGCAGUGAACCACUCACUAAACUGCUAUACAUGAAAGGGAAUAUGCAAUGCAAUUUUGAGGGAAAUAUAGAUACAUGUUUUGUUCAGGAUAAAUCCGACGACUUUGACUGGAAGAUUCAAAAAGGAGAAACAAAAUCAGCUGCUACAGGACCUGUUAGUAGUACCGAGGGGAAAUACUACAGCUACAUAGAAGCAUCGCAUGAGGCUCCUGGUGAUAAAGCUGUGUUAAUUUCAAAGUUUGAACUAACUGAUGUGUCUGUAAACAUAAGCUUGCUGUAUCACAUGUAUGGUGAAUACACAGGACGUCUAAGGCUGUACCUAAAAAAUGACAAUAACAUAGAAACGACACUAUUUGAUUUAAGUGGCAAUCAAGGCAAUUCUUGGAAUAUUUUUACUAACGUCACAAAAGUUACAAAAAAAUCAAAGGUUUAUAUAGAGGCAAAAAGGGGACAGGGAGUUGACAGUGGUAUUGCUAUCGACAAUAUACAGAUCAGGAUCAUUGACGAAAAUUUACUAAGGAACUGGAAGAGUGCCAGUCAGAAAUGUACCAGAAUCAUGAACACAUAUCCUGUAGCAAUAGAUCAGAUCAGAAACACCACUUGUUGGCUGGACGGUCCAGAGAGAUGGAUGGGUGUAAUCAGAGCAAGGAAAAUGUAUUCAGGCACAGAUGAUCGGGGAAGAAACCCUACAUUGGUGAGGCUGCUGAGAACAACAAACGACAUCAUUUCUACAGUUUGGGAAGAUUUUAAAUUAAAUAAUUCAAGACCAUUUGCUUGCGAAUCAGACAAAUUAAAUUCAACCCAAAAAUGCAAGGCAUAUAUGAAGAAAGGAAAUCUCACUUUCGACGAUUUUUUAAGUGGUGGAUCUAGCGAAACAUUAAUGGUUAUGGUACCUGUCCUUGUUGCCUCUUUAUUCAUCUUUAUUGCAGUCACUUUUGGGAUUGUCAUUCUUCAUAAACGGAGGAAGGAUACUGAGAAGCACAAAGACAUUUCCUCUUUAGAAUUAUCAACCUUAGCAAACACAGGUUGGCAUCAAGAAUCAUUGUCAACUGAAAAAAAUACGAUGAAUCCCAACUUAUUGGAAGAAGAUUACGACCAUCUCCACGAAGUAAACAAUACCAUGACGUCAACGAAAGAUGGAGUGUAUAGUCACAUGUUAGACAAUCAAUAUGGUCUACAAGAAAAUUUAUCGAAUGAUACUUAUGACCACCCUACAGGCUCGGAAAGUGAAUAUGGAGCUGCACAACCCUACAAAAUACACAGUACUAUGACGUCAAGUAAUGAUGAUCUUUAUAAUCACAUGUUAGACAAUCAAUUUGGUCUAAGACAAAAUUUCUCUCAUGAUACUUACGACUACACUAUGGGGUUGGAGAGUGAAUAUGGAGCUUCACAUCUUAACCAGAAUUUGAAUGACACCUACGAUCGCGCAGUACUUAAUUCUAUUCAUGAAGAUCAGAGUUUAUCAAAUUAAAGCAACGUCAGAACUGAUUUUGUUCCUGGCUGCACAAAAAUGAAAAUAUAUAUACAUGUAAUUGUUACAUCACGUUAUAUAUUUUAAUUCGUAAUAAAUUAAUAAAUCAAGAUAUAAAAAUUUCUAGUUUGUAAAUCAAGCCUUUUUGAUUUGA